AUGGACAUCCUACACACGCAACUCGGUGCAAUCGAGCGUCGUCUGGCAUUCGUCGCCGUCGACUCGAUAGACUGGAAGACCUAUGUGCAAGCGUUCUCGUGGGCCGUCUGCUUGUUCGAGUCCUACCUCAUACUUCGGCAAUAUCCUCUGUACUCUAAGCCUACACCCCCACCAGCGCUCGCAGAACACUUCACCGGCGAAGUGUACACAAAGUCGCAGGCGUAUGGCAAGGACAAGGCCAAGUUCUCGCUCGUCACAGGCUUGUACAAGCAAGCGGUGGACUCCUUCAUGCUUCAUUAUGGCAUAUAUGCAUGGGCAUGGGGCGUAGCAGGGAGUCUGACCGCGAGGUUCGGCUAUGGGCCUGAGUACGAGAUCACCCAAUCCAACGUCUUCGCUAUCGUCCUGUUCUUCGUGUCCUCGCUGCCCAGCCUGCCGUUCUCGGUCUACCAGACGUUCGUCCUCGAGGAGAAACACGGCUUCAACAAGACGACACCCGCGCUCUUCGUCGCCGACAUGCUCAAGGGCUGGGCCGUCGGCCUCGCCCUCGCGCCACCCUUUCUCUCCGCCUUCCUCUGGAUCUUCAAGUGGGCCGGCGACCGCUUCGUGCCGUGGCUCAUGGCCUUCAUGAUCGCGUUCCAGCUGACGAUGGUGGUCAUCUACCCGACGCUCAUCCAGCCCCUGUUCAACAAGCUCUCGCCCCUCGCGGACGGCGAGCUCCGUACACGCAUCGAGGCGCUCGCGGCGCGCCUUAAGUUCCCGCUCACGCACCUGUACGAGAUCGACGGCUCGAAGCGCAGCUCGCACAGCAACGCGUACUUCUACGGUCUCCCGUGGAGCAAGCACAUCGUCGUCUUCGACACGCUCAUCCAGCAGAGCAAGGCUGGCGAGGUCGAGGCCGUUCUCGCACAUGAGCUCGGACACUGGUACUACCUCCACCCGACGAAGAUGAUGCUCGUCUCGCAGCUGCACCUCUUCUCCAUCCUCGCGCUCUUCCCCGCCUUCCUGCACGCGCCGCCCGUUCUCCGCGCGUUCGACUUCCCUGCGCAGGUCGCCGCCCGCCCGCCCACCAUCGUCGCGUUCCUCCUCUUCCAGAUGAUUAUCUCGCCGCUCGAGUCAAUCGCGGGCAUCGCGCUGAACGCGGUGAGCCGCAAGUUCGAGUACGAGGCGGACCGGUUCGCGUGCGAGCUCCAGAGCAUGCUCAAGGCGGAGGAGAUGGCCGACAUGGGCGACCGCCUCGGCCGCGCGCUCACCACCCUCCACGUGAAGAACCUCUCUACCGUCUGGGUUGACUGGCUGUACUCGGCGUAUCACCACUCGCACCCGACCCUCACGGAGCGGUUGCGCGCAUUGGAGGGCUUCAAGAGCGCCGCGGCGAGUGCGAGCAAGAAGGAGCUUUGA